AUGGGUUAUACGAAUAUGAUGUGUGCAGUAUAUAAUGCUGCUGGCGACCUUCCUGUCUAUCCUUUCAAUUCUACAGCGUGGGAUGUGCUGGAAGUGUCCGGGGUUAAAAUAGAUACGGUGCUGGAUAUGGGAAACACCACACACAGACCUAGUGAUCAAUAUAUGAUUUUUGAUCCCCGCUGGCUUGAGCUGCUCCUGCUUCUCCCGGUCAAAUACCAUAAUGGCCAAAGCAGAACGGAGGUUCUCUGGCGCACAAUAUGUGGUGAUCAACAUGUCAAAGGAGACAUUCCCGCACCUGGUAGUUACGGGGAAGCUUUCCGCAAGGCGCUAUGCGUGAUGGUAUCAAUUAUAGCCCAUAAUGAAGCCAAAAGAGCAGUUAGCAAUUCAAGCCUCCCUCCAAGUCUGAGCGCCGCAAUUGCUCGCGUGAGAAAUAUAUGGUCAACGCCUCCAAUGUCAGACAUGACAGCAGAAGACAUUGAAUUCGACUUCUCUGAACCAGGUCGAAACCUGAGCGAACCCCAACAUCGGAACUUAAUCUACUAUCUCUUUAAACUGCAAUGUUUUGCGGCCACAGAAUCGUCCCCUUUUACUCCCACACUCGAACAAGCUGAAGAAUGCUACAAUACGGCCAUGAACUGGGAAGCGUACGAAAAACACAGUACGGUAGUGCUACCGGAGGAGUGUGGGGACUUUUAUCAGUCUGUGCGUUCUAGAUAUGGGAAGCGUCGCGUGUUUGUCACUUCCAAGAGGUUCCUGGGCCUUGGGCCGCAGUCGAUGCAGGCAGGUGAUGAAAUAUGGGUGUUGCCAGGGGCUGGAGCGGCUUUUGCAUUAAGGAAAACAAGUAGUUCCUCGUUCUUGAUGAUAGGGGAAGCAUAUGUGCAUGGUGCCAUGAAUGGGGAGGUUGCUCGGGGGUUAUCUGACGAGUUAUGUGCUAUCAAGCUGGUGUAG